GGGAACUACUUUCCUGAAACUUGCUAUGCUGCACACGACUUCGAGUUGCAGUGAUUCGCCCGGAGGCCGAAGCUUUUAGUCCUCCUACCCACACGCCCUCUCAGUCCGGGCACCCGGCUCGGCAAGCCCAGCCCGUACCCGCUCUGGCCCUCCGGGAAGCCGGCGUCCCGGAGAAAUCACCAGGGACUACUUUGCCUCCUUCUCCCGCGGGCGCCCCCCGGUUCGGGCAGCGGCGGCGGCGGAAGGAGCGGGCGGCGUGAGCGCUUCCGCCGCCCCCCUAGCGGCUCCCCUCUGGCGAGCGUGAGGAGCUGGCCCGCCGAGCUGCUGGUGGGCACUGGCUGGUGGGGGGCUCGCGGCUGCUCUCCUCGCUCUCUCGCCUCUUCUCGGGACCCUGCCCCUCGGGCGCGCCGCUCUUCUCCGGCCCGGGGGCGGACGAUUGGUUCGCUCGCCCCUGCCUCACACGCGCCCUGCCGCCCCCUCCUCCCCCCUCUGGAGUCGUUCGGGCCGGAGCGUGUCUGGAGGAAUCCGCCGCCGUGAGGCCCCUCGCCCGCUUCUGCUAGUACCGAAGGACCGGCCCGGUCGCCGCCGGGGGCUGAGCGGGCAGCCGGCGGCGAGGCGGGAGAUGGUGGGGUGGGCUCCGGCAGGACCGCGCCGCCGCCGCCCGGAGCCUGGGCUCGGCACCCCCCCGCCGGCCCCCACCGAGCGGAGCCCUGCUUCCUCCUCGCCGCAUCCCUGAGGGAAGCGCCGCCUCUGCUCCCGGGUUCUCCGCCCGCCCGCCCGCUCGCUCCUUCCUGGCCGGACCCCGCCGCGCUCCACCCCAGUGGCCGGAGGAGCCGCUCUCCAGUCUGCCUUCACAGCCCCCUUCCUUUUUUCCUUUGCUCCCAAUCCUCCCCGGCCUCAUCGGAUCUCUUGGUUGGGCGCUGAGGCGGGGGAAGAGGCUGGGGUCGCCACGGCGGAGGUUGUCGCCGCCACCCCCCUGCGGGGGUGGCCGGGGUUCCCGGCUGGGGGGGCACCGUUCCGGGUGAGGCAUCCACCAUGGUGAGGCCCCUGAGCCGCUGCCCCCGCGCCCCCCCGGCCGCCGCUGCCUCCUGCCCCUCGGUGCCGCUGCUGCUCCUCCGCCUGCUGUUGCUCCUCCAUCUCCAGAUCGGAUCACGGUGAGGGAAAGAUGAGCGAGGAGACGGCGACUUCUGACAACGAUAAUAGUUAUGCACGAGUGCGAGCUGUGGUGAUGACCCGGGAUGACUCAAGUGGUGGAUGGUUACCACUUGGAGGGAGUGGACUAAGCUGCGUCACUGUCUUCAAAGUCCCUCACCAGGAAGAGAAUGGCUGUGCUGACUUUUUUAUCCGUGGAGAGCGACUCAGGGACAAAAUGGUGGUUUUGGAAUGUAUGCUUAAAAAAGACCUCAUUUACAAUAAGGUCACUCCAACAUUUCACCACUGGAAGAUUGAUGACAAGAAAUUUGGCCUUACCUUUCAAAGUCCUGCUGAUGCUAGGGCUUUUGAUAGAGGCAUUCGAAGAGCUAUAGAGGAUAUUUCUCAAGGAUGCCCAGCAUUUAAAAAUGAAACUGAAGGAGCAGAAGACAACUUACAAGCAGCUGAAGAGGAUACUUCCAGUUCUCUAGUGAAAGAUCAUCUUUUCCAGCAAGAGACAGUUAUAACCAGUGAGCCUUACAGAAGCUCAAGACCUUCUCCUUUUGAAGAUCUGAAUGCCAGAAGAGUCUACCUGCAAAGCCAAGCCAAUCAGAUAAUGUUCAGUCAUCCAGGCCUGGACAUUCAGGGCAGAAGUAUAGAAUAUGUACAGCGGCAAAUACCCAAGGAAUGUGGAAGCCUAAAGUCCCAAAAUAAGGUCCCUUUGAAAUCAAUCCGACAUGUCAGCUUUCAAGAUGAGGAUGAGAUUGUCAGAAUAAACCCUCGCGAUAUCUUAAUACGUCGCUAUGCAGACUACAGACAUCCUGACAUGUGGAAAAGUGACUUGGAGAGAGAUGAUACUGACUCCAGUAUUCAGUUUUCUAAACCAGACAGUAAAAAAUCAGACUAUCUAUACUCUUGUGGGGAUGAGACUAAGUUAAGUUCACUCAAAGACUCUGUGGUAUUUAAGACACAGCCUUCCUCAUUAAAAUUUAAGAAGUCAAAACGAAGAAAAGAAGAUGGUGAACGUUCUCGCUGCGUAUACUGCCAAGAAAGGUUUAAUCAUGAAGAAAAUGGCAGGGGAAAAUGUCAGGAUGCUCCAGACCCUAUUAAAAGAUGCAUAUAUCAAGUUAGUUGCAUGCUCUGUGCAGAGAGCAUGUUGUAUCAUUGUAUGUCAGACUCAGAGGGAGAUUUUUCUGAUCCCUGUUCAUGUGACACUAGCGAUGACAAGUUCUGCUUACGAUGGUUAGCCCUAGUAGCUUUGUCUUUCAUUGUACCAUGUAUGUGCUGCUACGUCCCUUUGAGAAUGUGCCAUCGUUGUGGUGAGGCGUGUGGGUGCUGUGGUGGGAAACAUAAAGCUGCUGGAUGAAAGCAUCCAGUGCCAAAAUGAGCUUAAAAUCUUUGUGUCCAGGAAUUAGCUAACUUGGAUUUGUGGAAGCUUUUGGCAAGCAUUAUGAAAUCUUGCCUGGUAUCAUUGGGGCCACACGUGGAGGAAGCAGAACUCAUCAGUUCUUGGCAUUUCACAAAUGCUAGCCAUGCCUAACUUUUUCCCUGGAGUGCAUGGCAUGUUUUGUUGCAGGUUCUAAAGAAUAUUUGCAAAAGGAAACCAUUUCUGGUUAUUGGCUAUAUAAAGUGAGCAUAAAUAUGAUCCAACUAAAAGGGAUUAAUUUUUUGGCAUUUUUGUAUAUUUAUGCAUUAGGUGAUGGGACUUUUAAAGGUUUGAAUUCAUUAAGAUAUAAACUUAAAGUGCACUAGGGGACAGUUGAUUUCAAUCUAAAAAAAGUUAACACUUGGGAACUGUAAGAAGUAAAACAAGUGCAACUAAAUCAUUUAUUAGUUGUUUUUUGAAAGCAGUUUUAUGUAUAAAUAACAAAUGUUUAUAUUUAACUAAAUAUAAGGUACGAAUUAUUACAUAUUAAACUUUUCCUCCCCUUCCUAGUUCUGAAGUAGAUGUACAUAUAUCUACUGUCACAUUCCAUUAUAUUUUGAAUAUUUUACUUAUCUAGUUAAUGACAUUUUUGUUCCAUGUGAAUGAUUUGAUAUUUUCAUUGUCAUUUCCCUUUGGCUACAGUUUAUAUUGAGUUAUAUCUGUACAUUCUGGUAAUCUAAAAUCCUUAAAAAAUAUUCUAAUAGCCUUGAGUGACCAACUUUUUUUUAAAGCACAGAUGUAAUUGUCUAAUGUUAUGAUGGGAACAUAACACUUAUUUUUAUAUGAAAAGAGACUGAGUAAACAUUAUAGAAAAAAGUAAGGUUUUGGGUUGUUGUUUUGUUUUUUGUGGUAUUCAACCAGCAAGUUGUUUUCUUUCAGAGUUUCCUCCUUCAAAAAAUUAUACUGCAUUUACAAAUGUUUUACAAGGUGAAAAGUGUAACUGGAUAGUUAGAGUAAGUAAAACAGUUUCCUCCUGAGAUUUCCACUUAUCAUUCUGCUAAACCAGAAUAUGUUCAGCUGUGUUACUAACUUUUUAGCUUAAUUCUCAGUGCUUAUUAUCACAUAACAAUGAUAACUUUUCUCAGUUGCAUUUUAUUUUAUUUAAACUGGCCAAAAGCAAAAUUAUUUUAUGUAAAGGAUGUGCUAAACUAUCCCAAGAAAGUAUUUAAUCCAGCAUUGUGAGUGAAAUAUCUUGUACGUAUAAAUUUAUUUCUUUUGCAGAGCAUUGUCUUACUGGAUGUUUUAUUUACAAAGUAGUUGGAUAAAUGUUCUAGCAAAUUGUUUGAAGUACUUUGGGGUCAAAUUGUCUUUUUUUUUUUUAAGUGUUACAUUAAAACUCUAACCAAGUAAGGGGUUCCUUAAGAACAUUCCCUUAAAAAAGUUGAGAAGUGUGCCUUUUUUUAAUGGCUUGAAGUUUCAGAAGUGAUAAAAAUUAAAAUCACACUACUGUUAGAAGCUCAUUUUCUAUGCAGGUUUUUAAAUGUCAUUUAUGUAAUCAUUCUUUUUACAUAUCACACUUAAGCUUGUGUUAGCUUUCUUCUUUUGCCCCAGAUCAAACUGAACAAUGUAUAUAACACUAUCUGUCUGUAAAAUACUUUUUUUAAGAAAGCAUUUAUAUUUAUAUGACAGCUUGAACUGACAACAUUGUGUAUAUAGAUCAUCUUAAAGUAUUAUUUCACAUUGAAAAGAAGAAAAAUAUAUUGAUAACUAUAGAUGUUAUGAAGAAGAGGUUAUUUCUAGUUUUGUACUAAAAAUUAAUUGGAUGAACUAAGUCCAAAACAUGACACCGUAGCAGCAGUUUUAAGUCUUAUUUUUACUGUUUAUAUAUUUGGAAGCUGCUACACCAGAUGAUCUUCAUCCCUGAAGUUUUCAGCUAAACUUGGUUUCCUAGAAUAGACUGUUAACUUUCAAAAUUACUUUUUAUUGGUAAAAUGGAAAUACUGGUUUUCCUUGUGAAUGACUUUUCAUAUUUGUAAGUGCUGAGUUUAUAAUUCAGGUUUGAUCAGGUGUGAACAACUGAAGAAAAUAACUUGCUGGCUAUAUAGGAAAAUGCUGUGGAAAUGAACUGUGUAUAUACUUCUGGGAAGAACAAAUUUAAUCAUUUCUUCUGUUGAGCACUAAUCAGUAUAGUGCAACUCCUGGUCCUGUACUGUAUUUUAUAUGCAACAUAUAUGCUUUAAUAUUUUAAUGUUUGUGCAUUAAUAUUUUCAAUUUGUUUAACCACUUUGCUGCUAAGAUUUUUCCGUCCCAUCCCCAUUUUUUCCUUUACAGUUUUAAACAAGUUUCUUCAUUAAAAAC